UCGAGCACCGAGCAGAAGCAGCAGCAGCAGCUCUAGUAGUCGGCGGUCGCUGUCUGACAGUGACCCACCAUCAACAUCCAAUAUACCGCCAAUUAUUUAUAUCAACGGGCGCAUCGGGACUGGAUAUCGCGCUUUAACGUUUCAUUGUGGACAUGAGGACAUCUGAUAAACGUCAAUUCCUAAAAGGUGGACUAAAAAGCUUCUCUCGCCUCGGUUUUCGUCCAGCAUAUGAAAGAACCGAGAUGACCGUUUCCCUGGCAACAAUACAGCCCAUCCGCAAGGGAUAUCAGCCCGGCUUGGUUUGUGGACAGGGCACCGCUGGGAUGAGAUAAUACAGCUUGUCUUGGCUGCUUCAUCCUGCUGCUACACCAAGCUCCACGGCUCCACCUGUAGACACCAAAGCCCUCCCAAGCUACCCCCGCCCCCUCCAGUGACAUCAUGACCACGCCCGCGCUGCUGCCGCUCUCCGGGCGCAGGAUCCCGGCACUUUCGCCUGGCGCCUCCUCCUUCCCGCACCAUCGCGCCACGCUGAGGCUCUCCGAGAAGUUCAUCCUGCUCCUCAUCCUCAGUGCCUUCAUCACGCUGUGUUUCGGGGCCUUCUUCUUCCUGCCCGACAACUCCAAGCACAAGCGAUUCGACCUGGGCUUGGAGGACGUGCUCAUCCCCCACAUCGACGCCCCCAAGAUGGGGAAGCACGCCGCGGGGCAGGUGGUCAUACACGGGCAGGGAGGACACGAUGAGCACAGACACAGGGAGGAAGAGGAGAGCCUGCGGGACAAAAUCCGCGCCGACCACGAGCGCGCCCUGCAGGAGGCCAAGGAGAAGCUGCGCAAGUCGCGGGCGGAGCUGCAAGCAGAGAUCCAGACGGAGAAGGUGCGGGUGGUGGAGGAGCUGAAGAAGAAGGAGGCGGGGCCAAGGCCCCUCCCCCCAGUCCCCAUGCCCAAAGUGGUGGGCGUCAGCGACGGCGAGCCGCCUGAGCCCGCCGUCAAGGAGAAGAGGGACAAGAUCCGAGAGAUGAUGAAGCACGCCUGGGACAGCUACCGACAGUACGGCUGGGGUCACAACGAGCUGAAGCCCCUGGCUAAGAAAGGACACACCACCAAUAUCUUCGGUAACUCCCAGAUGGGCGCCACCAUCGUGGAUGCCCUGGACUCCCUUUACAUCAUGGGUCUACACGAGGAGUUUAAGGAUGGGCAGGAGUGGAUCGAGCAGAACCUGGACUUCACCGGCGUGAAUGCCGAGGUGUCCGUCUUUGAGGUCAACAUCCGCUUCAUUGGAGGACUGCUGGCUGCCUACUACCUCUCUGGACAGGAGGUGUUCAAGCUGAAGGCCGUGCAGCUUGCAGAGAAGCUGCUGCCAGCCUUCAACACUCCUACUGGAAUCCCAUGGGCCAUGGUAAACCUCAAGAGUGGUGUGGGUCGUAACUGGGGCUGGGCGUCUGCAGGCAGCAGUAUCCUGGCCGAGUUCGGAACGCUGCACAUGGAGUUCGUCCACCUCACCUACCUGACCGGGAACCCCGUCUACUACCAGAAGGUGAUGCACAUCAGGAAGCUGCUGGCCAAGAUGGACCGUCCUAAUGGACUGUACCCCAACUACCUGAACCCACGCACCGGGCGCUGGGGACAGCAUCACACAUCGGUGGGGGGUCUUGGAGACAGUUUCUAUGAGUACCUGUUGAAGGCCUGGCUCAUGUCCGACAAGACAGACACUGAGGCCCGCAAGACCUACGACGACGCAAUCGAGGCCAUCGAGCGCCACCUGAUCCGUAAGUCCAACGGCGGGCUGACCUUCAUCGGCGAGUGGAAGAACGGCCACCUGGAGAGGAAGAUGGGUCACCUGACCUGCUUCGCCGGGGGCAUGUUCGCCCUGGGCGCAGACGGCUCUCCCGACGACAAGGCCGGCCACUACCUGCAGCUGGGGGCCGAGAUCGCACACACCUGCCACGAGUCCUACGACCGCACAGUGCUGAAGCUGGGACCAGAGGCCUUUAAAUUCGACAGUGGCCUGGAGGCGGUUGCCGUGCGACAGAACGAGAAGUACUACAUCCUGCGUCCGGAGGUCAUCGAGACCUACUGGUACAUGUGGCGCUUCACCCACGACCCCAAGUACCGCCAGUGGGGCUGGGAGGCUGCGCAGGCUAUCGAUAAGUACUGCAGGGUGAGUGGGGGUUUCUCGGGGGUGAAGGACGUCUACUCCUCCAACCCGACCUACGACGACGUGCAGCAGAGCUUCUUCCUGGCCGAGACCCUGAAGUACCUGUACCUGCUCUUCUCCAGUGAUGACCUGCUGCCUCUGGACAGCUGGGUGUUCAACACAGAGGCCCACCCUCUGCCCGUGCUCCACCUGGGGAACAUCACCCUGCCCGGCAGCCAACCCGCCCAGCGCUAGAGCGCCCCCCACCACCUCCACAGGGGGGACGUUAGUGCUCAUGAGGAGAGGAGCGCUCGGUGGCAUCUCCCAGACUGCAGAGAGGGGAGGAGUUAAGAGAGAGGAAACCCAGAGCAUCAAGGACUCCCACUCUGGUUCAAUGUCUCUCUAUCUCUGUCCCUUUCUAUCUUUCUCUAUCACACACCCACCUUCUUUUGUGUUUUUGUCUCUCUCUCUUCCUCUCUCUUCCUACUGAGGACACCAUGAGGACAGUGAGGUGCGAUACUCAGCCCUGUGAUUGGCUGAUGAUGUUGUUUUUUUGUUUUAGUUUUUUACCUGUCGGACCGAGCUCCAAUCAGGAGGCUCAAACAAGCUUAUGUUGUUUGAUUGUUUUUGUUUUUCUACUAUCAUGAAGUUGACCAAACUGUCCUCUGAGCGGACCGUGGCGCGUUUAGUGCUUCUUGUACAGACAGACGGAUGGACGGCCCCGGGGACCUUCGGGGGCCGUCCUCCAAACCUUUUCUUUGGUGUUUAUCAGCUCUUCUUCACCUGCGGCGGGGGCCGGAUCACGGCCUUCC